AUGAAUCGGUUCGUAUUUCGGAAGAAGAAGGAAGCGUGGAGUGAAAUUACGGAGGCCUUCAAUGCAGAAGGAAUUGGAAAAACUCGGACUGCAAAUGAACUGAAACGUCUGUGGGGAAAUCAAAACAAGAAAGUCAAAAAGGUCCAUAUAGCGCAAAGCAGCGCCUCCCAGGACCCACAAGGACCCGGGCACAAUAGAAAAUUAAGUCAAGCUAUGAAAGAUGUAUCCAGUCUCUCUCCUAAUAAUGAUGGCCCUGAAGAAGGUCAACAGACUAUCACUGGCGCUAUGAAGAUUGAAGCCCCUCUGCAACAGAGUACAGCUGAUCAGGAACUUGUCACUAGCGUUGAUUUAGACAAUGAUACGAAAGAGGAUACCAUGCGUGUUCAUCCAGUGGAAAGGAGGAUAAGGGAGGCCGAGCUGAAGGUGGUGGAGACACAGGCCAAGAUAGAGGAAGCCCAGUUGAGGAGCUUAGAAAGACAAGCCAAAAUAGAAGAGGCCCAGUUACGGUGCUUGGAGAGGCAGGCUAGGUUGAUUGAAGCCAAACUGAAGGCGAAACUGGAGGAGGUCCAUUUGAGAAACCUGGAGCGACAGGCCAAGAUCGAUGAGUCUCAUUUAAAGAUACUAGAGAGGCAAGGUAAAAUAGAGGAGGCCAGAGCAAGGAUUCUGGAGAGGCAAAUUAAAAUUGAGUAUCAACUGUAGAGGUAGUAACAUGCCGAGAUGAUGAGGCAACUACCAU